GAUAGCAACCUUGACACCAGAACUGGUCUGGUCUGGUCUCCUAUUACAGUCCCGGGGAACGUCUCUUCUUCUACCGUGCUCUCUCGAUACGACUCCUGGUUGUCCCGAGAGGAACCAGCCCAGCAUUUGGUGAUCGACCGAUCGGUACCAGAUUUCAUUUUAUUUUGGAGUUACUAUGCAGCUCCACAUAUCGCCCAGCAUGAGGCACGUCACAGUGUUCCCGGGGAAGGGGGUGAGGGAAUUCAUCAAAUUUAAGGUUACAUCCCGGAGGCUUUCAUACAAGAUGGUCAUCUACUCCCUUCUCUUCAUGACGUUCUUGCUCAGGUUCAUCUUUGUAUUGACGGCAAUGGAUACCAUCGAGGGAGAGACCCAGUGCUCUUCUUUAGGAUGCAUAGGCAAGAGAUUGGGUCCAAGAAUGUGGAGGCGGCCGGACUCAGCCUCAGUGACUGUUCCAGAGGAGAUUUAUCGGGUGUUGGAAGGAGCCGAGCCGGACGAACCGACGGCUGGGUCGGAUGUACCGCAGACGUUGGAGGAAUUCAUUGAAGAGAUGAAGAGCGACAGAACCGAUGCCAAAACGUUUGCCUUGCGGCUCAGAGCAAUGGUCUCGCUGCUGGACCAGAAGACGAGGGUGGCCAAGAUUCAGGAGUACCUGUACCGCCACGUGGCGUCCAGCAGCAUCCCCAAGCCGCUCCAUUGCCUGGCCCUCCGGCUGGCCCAGGAGCACUCCACCAACGUCGGGGCCCGUCACCAGCUGCCGGCCCCGGAGCGGGUCCCUGCCCUGGUGGACCCCGAGCUGUACCACUUCGUCCUAGCCUCCGACAACGUGCUCGCCGCCGCGGUGGUGGCCGCCUCCCUCGUGGCCAACGCCCUCCUCCCGGGCUCGGUGGUGCUGCACGUGAUCACGGACCGCAAGACAUACGCGCCCAUGCAGGCCUGGUUCUCGCUGCACCCGCUGGCCCCGGCGGUCGUGGAGGUGAAGGCGCUGCACCACUUCGACUGGUUCACUAGGGGGAGGGUCCCGGUGAUGGAAGCCAUGGAGAAGGACCGGGCUGCUCGGUCGCACUUCCGGGGAGGAUCCUCGGCGAUCGUCGCAAACGUUAGCGAGAAGCCCAUCAUCGUGGCGGCCAAGCUGCAGGCUUUGAGCCCCAAGUAUCACUGUGUCAUGAACCAUAUAAGAAUCCAUCUGCCUGAGUUGUUUCCUAGCCUUAACAAGGUCGUGUUUCUCGAUGAUGACGUCGUCGUCCAAGCCGAUCUUUCGCCAUUAUGGGACAUUGAUCUACAAGGCAAAGUAAAUGGCGCGGUGGAGACAUGCAGGGGCGCGGAUAAAUUUGUGAUGUCAAAGAGAUUGAAGCACUAUUUGAACUUCUCUCAUCCGCUAAUAUCUAAAAAUUUCCAACCGGAUGAGUGUGCUUGGGCAUAUGGCAUGAAUGUCUUCGAUCUAGAGGCGUGGAGGAAGACCAACAUCAGUGUCACUUAUUACCACUGGCUACAGAAGAACUUGGAAUCAGAUUUGAGUCUUUGGCAGUUGGGGACUCUACCUCCAGGCUUAAUAGCCUUCCAUGGUCAUGUCCAUGUCAUUGAUCCUUACUGGCACAUGUUGGGUCUUGGCUACCAAGAAAAUACUACGGUGGAGGAUGCAGAGAAAGCAGCUGUGAUUCAUUUCAACGGCAGAGCUAAGCCUUGGUUGGACAUAGCAUUCCCAGAAAUCAGACCUCUGUGGGCCAAGUACCUGAAUUUGUCGGACAAGUUGAUCAGAGCUUGUAACAUCAGAGCUUAACGGGGAUGGACCUGGCGAAACUAUCACUGCAAUGACCGCAAGGAAUCGAGCAUGAGGAAGGGCAAAAUUUGUUCGAUGCGCUCAGAGACUUGCAAGCUGAUGUAGGAAGCCAAGCAAGUGUAAUAGUCAGAGUCCUGCAUGCCUCCUUUUUCCUCGUCUAGGAAAGAUUUUGGGGAUCCGUCGAUACGAUUCUGGAUCAUGAAUGAAUGAUGCAUUUAUUGUUUUCAUGAGUUUGUGUACGAAAGGAAUAAAGGGAAAUGUCAGGGGGUCUUAAUACCA